GAGAGAGCGCGCGAACACUAAAGGACGCCAUUCUCAGUCAGGACGCCCUUAACUUGCUCUCUUUGGCGGCACAUUGCAAUUCGGCCGGUCCACCUUAAGCGCACAAGUGAGCAACGCACGCGUACAGUGAGGUUUCCGUUCUUGAGUCUCUCAACUGGGCUCGGACCGCGACCGCGGCAAGAAGAAGUAACGUUACGCGUCACAUCGCAAAGACAAGAAUCUGACGAACCUGUUUGGAAAAAAAUGUCUGAACCAAGGUAUCGCGACUGGAUACUCGAGACAAUUGACUCUCUACGAUCAAGAAAAGCAAGACCAGACCUCGAAAGAAUUUGUAGGAUGGUACGACGACGACACGGGUCCGAGCCAGAUCGAACCUGCAAAGAACUGGAGAAACUGAUACAAGAAGAAACGGUACUUAAAGUUAACUACAAGGGCUCGAUUUCUUACCGAAACGCUGCGAAAGUGCUAAGAAACCGAAAGAAAUUGGGUCAGGUAACAAACAGAACAGGGGUGAAACAACCAGCGCACCCAGACUCGAGCAACGACGACAGUGCUCUCGGUCCCACGGAGGAUGAGAUGGGGGAUAUGGAAGUAAUGCAUGGCAGCCAGUUUAACGACUCUACGCUUGACACAACGGCAGAUUCCACAGACAUGGGCGAAGAUACAACUGAGAGCAUGACCAUGGCAGUGGACUUGCAAAAUGGUGUAUCACAAGAUGGCAUGCACAGCACACAAGAUGGGUGUGGCAUCACCAUGCCAGGCCAGGGAGAUGGGUUAGGCAUCUGUGCCCAGAAGAGCCAGAGCACGGCAUCGUACAACGGCUACUGGGCCAGCCAGGGCAGGCCUUGCACCAGCCCUGCCACCCUGAAGCGCGAGGGAGUGGAAGGCAAUGCCUACCAGGCAGAGCCUAUACCCACUGGAACACUUGGAGAGAACGGAGUGUUGGAGCUGGGGAGCCAGCCUCUGGCCAUGUGUCCGUCUGUGCAGAGGUGUGCUCUGAAGAGAGAGGAGGGGAUGAGGGCCGUGGAGAGUGCAGCCACACCUGAUCAACUGGGCUCAAAGUGCAGCGCCACACUGGACGAGGCGCUGCAGGUCUCCAAAGGACAUUCCCACCCGUGUGCCUACGGUCUGGAGCACGCCUCCGGUAAGGAGAAUAAGAAGGGCCUGAAGGUGACUGCGUCCUCUGCACUGGAACAAUACGACGACGAUGACGCCAUGAAGGAUGCGGAGAAGAGGAGAGAAGAGAGCGACGGGAGAGCAGAGGUCGGCCCAGAUCCAACGCAGUGGACUGUGGCAGAUGUGGCCAGCUACUUCACCACAGCAGGGUUCCCAGAUCAGGCGCUGGCCUUCAGAACACAGGAGAUUGAUGGCCGAUCUCUUCUCCUGAUGCAGCGCAGUGAUGUGCUGACUGGCCUGUCUAUCAAGCUUGGGCCCGCCCUCAAAAUUUACGAGCGUCAUGUCAAGAUGCUUCAGAGGAGAGUGUUUCAGGAAGAUGGUGACCUACGGUGAACACACACACGCGCGCACACACACGCACACACAUUACCUCUCUCUUCUUAGCCAUCUGCACAGCAGCUUGUGACAAUUGUCUGCCUCUCAUGCAUACAUCCACUCACCUUCUCAAACAUUCACUCGAGUUUGGCAAGCGAGUUCACCAGCAUUGAGUUCUGAGUGGGUCAAACACCAGUCGCCGUUAGAAUGAUGUCAUCAAGCUGAGACACUUUAAAACAAUGGGUCCUUUCCAUUAUACAAACUCCUAUCCUCACUUUGCUGACACCUCGGCUCCAUGGAGAAAACAAUAGUUUUCCCGUUGUCUGCCUCGGCACAACAACUUUUGGGGGACUUUUUCCCCCAUUCCCUAUUUCCCCAUUCCCCAUAUUUUUGAAUUGAGCCUUUGCUCAUUAUGCUCAUAUUGAAUUUAAUUUCUGUCGUCAAUGACCUCUUCUGGUCACCUGGAGGCCGUACGGGAGUUAAGAUAAUGGGAUGGAGCCCAUGUCACCCCAGAGUUUAGCAUCUCGUCUCUCUUCCCUCCCUCCCUCCUUCAGGACUGAAAGAGCACAGGUGGCCUGUGUGCCACGUCCCAGUCCUUCUCUUCCUCAGUCUUUUACCCCUUUCCAGUCUCUGGGUUUGACCUCUGUUCAAUUUUUACUUUUGCACGCAAGUGAAAACCUUGUUUUUUUGUGAAUUCCAUAUAAAAUAUGGCUCAUGUACAUAGUGUUUACAAGGCAAUGACUACGCGGUACAUACUUUGCCGUUUUGUCUUGGUGGAGCAGUAAUUUUGACCACUAGCUCUGUAUUUGAAUGUAUAUAACAGUAUAUUAACAUAUAAGAUGCCUCUUGUAUAACAAUAGCAUUUUAAUCUUUAGGUCCUGCUAAAGUCACACUCUUACCGUUAUUUUACACAGGUAAACAGCUUUCUGAUUUUAUUUGAAGGUACUCAUUUGCGCAUCUAAAGCAUGUUAACCUGGAAGACAAAAAUGUUCGACGGCAGUUUGUUUUUGUUUAGCACUAAGGAACGAAAAUAUUCAUCAGUUGCCUAUCAAUUGGACAUGUUUUUAAUUACAAAGUCUAGAAUGUUAUUUUUCUGUUCCAAAGGCGCACAAAGUGCACUCUGUUGUUAUUUGUCAGGACCUUACUAUUUGUUUACAGCAUACGGUAUUGUAAUAUCUCCAGACUGCUUGGUCAAAAGACUAGGUCUUUGGGUUAAGCUAUAAUUGUCUCCUAUUAAACUGAUGUUGACUGAG